AUGGACGACCACGAUGAGGGCCGUCAGCCCGUCUCCCGACCAUCCACCGCCCGAAAACUCGAUUCCGAUGACGACCCCAUAUCCCCCUCAAAACAAAACGUCGAGCAACACCGCCCUACCCCCGACGCCGCCUCCCUCAGGCCCGAGAACAUCCCCCCGCUCCACCCACCCUCCCUCGCCGUCCCCGAAAGCAGCUACUUCGAGAGCCCCAGUAUGAACCUCAGACACUCCGACUCCCAAGCCGAGAUUAUCGUCCGCCAGCACCUGCAGGAUUUCGAGUCGAGCUUCACCGCCCCACUCUCGCCCCUCCCGGCCACCAAGGACGGCCUCGACGACACCUUCGCUUUUGAUUCGCCUUCCAAGAAGCCUGUCUCUGAACGUCCCGCUCCGAACGCCGAUGAGUCAACCGACCAGUCGCAGGUGCUGCCCACGCGAAGCCGCACCGUAUCCUCGCACCCCGGGUCUGAUGCUUCAAUGUCGCAAGCUAGCCAGGAAUACAGCCGAGAACACAGUGAGGAGCGCGCUUCGGCCGACGCAGGGCAGACGCCAGGGCAGGCUCUGAAAACCUCCCAACGCCCCAAAUACCUGCGGAGCCGAAUAGGGAGCCAGCGCUCCUCCGUCUCGUCCCUCCACACGGAUCCGGAUAGUGACACGACCGUAGGAAUGGGCGCCGACUAUGCUCUCCAGUCGGGCGGCGCUGUGCCCAGCGUGGGAAUGCCGCGGAGUUUUAGCAAUGCCUUGUCCAGGUCCAUCAGUAUGGGAAGCAUGGCCAGUGGUAUUGAGAACCUCCACGACUCGUCCGGUCCGGCUUUUGGCCACCUUGAGACCCUAGACGAGGUCGACGUGAGCAUGUCGCCCCAGCCAGAGCCACGGCGCGAUCAGAACCGAGGCCUGCUCCAAACUCCGGAAACCAACCAAGAACUGCAGCCCUUGCCGCGCCCGACAGACACGGUUAUUGCCCGUCACGUCCGCGAUGUCCAAGUCCCAGAAUCACUGGCCAAGGAGUAUAAGAACCGGGGAGGACUGCUGACCCCAGCGCGCCCGGGGACGUCCGAAACGGCCGCGUUCGGAACCUCCACUGCAAGCCGCCAUGGCAGGAGCCUGACCCUCAAAGAGCAGAGCAGUACCAUUGAGCGCCUGAGCAAGGAGAACUUUGACCUCAAGCUCAAGGUCAUGUUCUUGAGCGAUCGACUCGACAAGCUCUCCGAAGAGGGUAUUAAGGAGAUGAUCUCGGAGAACGUGGAGCUCAAGACCGGUCUAGCCGUGCUACAACGCGACAACAAGGUCCUGCGCCGCCGCGUCAAGGAGCUCGAAAAACAAGCCAAGGACGAGGAGAACCGCCCAGGGACAGCUAAGAGCACCCAGUCCGACGACGAGCAGAGCGCUGCAUACGACCAAGAAACUCAAGAACGCGAGGAGGAGCUCAUUUAUCUCAGGGAACAACUAGAGGAGCAUAUUACCGAGAUCGAGCGGCUUCGGAACGAAAACUUGAACAGGGAGGCUGAAAAACGCCGCAUGGCCGACGUGGUGCGGACGCUGGGGGAAAGGACGGGAGAGCGGCUCGGCGAAGACUUCGAGCGCCAGGAGGAAGCCGACGUCUGGAAGGACUUGCUCGAGCAAGAGACGGCUAGGAGAGAGCAAAGCGACGAAGACAACCGCCGCCUACGUGACGAGAUCUUCCAGAUGAAGCAGGAGCUUGCGGCCCAGUCGGGUUCCGGAUCGAUGCAUCCGAUGCAUCACACCACAAAUAUUUACAAUAUUACGAAGAAGUCUCGUGAGCGGGCCCUAUCGGCCGCUCGGUCAGGCGCAUCAGUAUCCGGGAUUAUGGACGCCAACGGGCCCAUGAGUGUUGGCAGCACGUUGGUUGACGAAAUCCGGCGGGAGAGCGAACAGCUCCGCCACGAGAAUGCCGAGCUCCGUCGUGAAGUCGGUGCUCAGACCUCAAUGCUUACGUCGAGAAACCGAGAGAAGGACCGGCUGUACCAGGAGAUCGAGGAUCUCAAGAUGGCCCAGCGACGUGGCGGGCCCGCCCCAUCUACAAUCGACAGUCUACUAGAGCGGUCUGCAUCACGGGCUGGAGUCCACGAGCGGUCACACUCUCGGGCAAGUGGCGGCACGCGAGCCACCAACACGGCUAUCGAUGACGCAGACGUGGAGGAGCUCGAGAACAGGAUGGCGGAUUUGCGGGAUAAAAACAACGACCUCAAAUUGCAGAACCAGGACCUGCAACGAGAGCUCGAUGGCUGCAUGGAGGACUUCGAGGCGGCCGUCGAGGCGAAGAAACAGGCCGAGGAACUGGUGGCAGCACUGCAAGAAGAUCUGGAGACGGCCAUGAACGACUUGAUGGCGUUGCAGGCUGAACGGGACGAAGCCCUACAGGAACACUCUAACCUUGAGAAUGAGUUCGAGGCCUUAAGGAAAGAAGCGCAGGAAGAAAUUGACGCGCUCGAGGGCGAAGCGGACCAACGUACAGCCGAGAUUGAGCGGCUGCAACUCGACCUCAACGACCGCACCGAAAGCUUCGACUCCCUGCAAGCCGAAAUGCGCAAGAUGAGCGAGGGGCUCGUCAGGCUCGAGGACGAACAGGAGGCCAAGCUGCGCAGGGUGCAACAACUCGAACAAGAGCUUGGCGACGCCAACAAAGACCUCGAAGAUCUGGAGGCGAAACUCAUCGAGGCCAACGACAAAGCCAACCGCCUAUCGGUCCAGCAGGAGUCCAGUCAGGGCGAGAUCGCGUUCCUGCGCGAAGAACAAGAAACUGACAAGAUCCGUAUCGGCGACCUGGAGGCUGCGUUCGCUAAUGCCGAGCAGUCUCUGCGGGAGGAGAAGGAGCGCGCGAGGGAACUCGAGCAGAGGCUCGCGGCGGAACGGCGGCAGCGCGAGAUCGUGGCCAACCGCGAGAAGGAGGAGGUGCAGCAGUUUGUGAACGAACUGAAUAAGGAGACAUCCACGGCCAAGGACGAGGUGAGGCGGCUCCGGAAGAGUCUGUCUAGCAGGGAGGUGGAGGCGACCGAAUGGAAGGAGAGACUUAUCGAGCUCGAGAAUAACCUGCGUGAGGCACUCGGUGACUUGAGCGGGACCAGCUCCCAAAGCAAGAUCAAGGUCGUCGAAAAGGACCUCUGGCGGGAGUAUCAGACACUCGAGAGUCACCUCGAGCAACGCACCAAGAAACUCGACCGUCUCGAGGCCAUUGUCCGCAACAGCAUUGUCACGGGCCAGAUCACCCCGCAUUCCCACAGCCUAACCGAAACCCAAGCCCGGCUCGUCCGGCUAGAAGACGCCUACCGCCAGCUCAAGGUAGAAAACCACACUCUCCGCGCCGCGGCUGAAGCCCGUCGCGCGGCGUACGCGGCCGCGGACCACAACGGCGGCCUCGACUCCCCGGGCGGCGGCAGCCCGUCUCCCUCGGUACCCACGGGUCCCAAAGCGAAGGCCAGCGCGAGCAAAAUCCCGAAAUCAGGCAGCAGCAACACCACCUCCAACACCGCCGUUAACACCAGCGGUGGUGGUUCCGGUUCCGGUUCCGGUUCGGGCGGCGCUGUGGUGGACACCAAGUGGAUGCUGCGGCUGAGGGAUCUCGAGUAUAAGCUAAAGGCGGAGCGGGAGGGCCGGAUCAUGGACCGCGGUGAGGCGAUGAAGCUGAUUAAUGCGAGUGAGAAUGAGAAUGCGGCGUUGAGGGGGGAUCUGGAGAAGGAACGGGAGCGGAGGAGGGCGGGGAGGUAG